AUGUUUCUUGGCGAAGAGCAUGCCGAUUCAGUCGACAGUAUAUGCAAUUUGUUUGCAAAGCACUUUUCGAGCGUGUUUGACGGGGAAAUCAUCAGCAAUCAACAAGUUGAGAGCGCUUUGCAAAAUACGCCCUUUGAUGUGCUGGACUUCCACGUGGGACAGUUCUCCAACAUGGAUAUUGAAGCUGCUAUCAGAGGAAUUAAACCGUCCGCUGCUGCAGGGCCUGAUGGAAUCCCUACGCUUGUUUUAAGAAGAUGUGCGGGAGCUCUCUGCGAACCAUUGCGUUUCGUCUGCAACUGUUCAGUAAGCCAAUUUACAUUUCCGGACCGUUGGAAGAGCUCGAUCAUGUUUCCAGUGUUCAAGAAGGGAGAAAAGCGGAAUAUCUCUAAUUACCGUGGCAUAACAUCACUAAGCGCAGGAUCCAAGCUGUUAGAAACGCUAAUCAGUAAGCAGCUUAUACAAGCCGUUAUUCGUACAUUUCAACCGAUCAGCACGGCUUCUUUCCUGCAAGAUCUAUUUCCACAAACUUAG